CCAAGGUUGGCUUAGAAUGCAAGUGAUGUAAAGUUUAUCACUUUCCAAUCAUUUUGUGUUAGCUUUUGUCUCUUGCUUUCAUUACAACACCAAACAUCUGAUUCCUAUGUUACUUGGGUCUUUAGAUCCUCGGUUAUAUUGUAGCUGAAUGAUUGACUUCUCCGUGAUGAUUUGUAACUCGUUGGCUUUGCUUUUUCAUCUGCAAUUCUGGAUUUCUGCUGCGGGGAAACUAAUGUUAUGGUGUCUGAAUCUGCAGUCUUGAUGAUCUGUGACUGUUUUCUCAAGAAGUUGUGGACAGAUUGAGAUUUGCUCAUAUCCUCUUUUGCACCUCAACUUCAGCAUUAUCCGAUCAAACCUCGUGUGUUGUCGAGGCUUCUGCUGAUACUUGAACUCGUUGAUGGGAAUAGAGAUUCGUUGAUGUUAUCUCAUCGAAAGCAGAGAUGAUGGCUCAGAGUUCUGAAAAUGUUCUUCCCACUCUUCGCGAUUUUUUCAAUGCUGAAAAGACCGUGCAUUCUCGACGGAUCUGCAGAGAUGAUUUCCCCGGGGAAACGGAAGGAUUUACAGAAAUUCCUUUCUAUCAAGCUCUCGGUUCCUCAUGCAAAAAAGUUCCUCCAAGAUCUUCCAAGCCAGCAAAUACUGUAAAAGAGAAACGAGGUUUCUCGUAUCAGAGCAGAGAAAAAAUUUCUACAGCUUCUGGUGGUUCUUUUGGGAUCGGGUUGAACUCCAAAGGGAGACAACAACAAUUAGCUCAACCUUUAGGUACAGACAGAAACAUGGAACCAAGGUUGCAGAAGUCAUAUUCUGCUAGAGUUGGGUUUCCGUUUCUGUCUUCUUCAACAGAAAGCGACAGAUCAUCAUCUUCAAAUGCAAGCUCAACAAAUUGGAUUAGCCGAAUCAAGAAAAUGGCUAAUCCAUUUGCAAAUCUUCAUUCUCGGCGGAAUCCUUCAAUGCCUCCCUCAGGUGAUAUCAAGGUCAGUGGUGGAGAAAUGCUGUCAAGGAACAAGAUCUCGAGAAAAUAUUCACCAGUGCAUCUGCAUGCCCAUCUCACUUUGGAAUAUGAACUCGGAAUGCCUGUUUUCAAGUUCUCGCUGGACCGCCCGGAUGAUGUUUACGUUGCCAAUGCAUGGAGGGAUGAUAAUAACGUCUCUCAGUUUGUCUAUUUGUUUCAUAGCAUUGGUGGAAGAAGGAACAGAUAUGUCAAUGAACAAAGAUCGAAGUUUUCAGGUUUAGAAUCAGCAAUGAUCGGACAGAUGCAUGUUUCCACUCGGAUUUGCUUAGAUUCAGACCCGGAGGAAAUCCCUCUGAAACCAGCCAUGACAGAGUUCGUGUUGUGUGACAUCGCACAUGCCCUGAGAAGCCGCCAUGAACAAGAGAAGCUGACACGGAAUGACAGUUUCAGACAAGGCCGAGGGGCGGAUUGUUCGAAUGAAUCGAACCCAUGGCCGGUCUCCGAUUUACAUCCAGGCCUUGAGAUUGCAGCCAUUGUCAUUCAGGACCAGUCUUCGAGUGAUGAAAGCUUCGGAAACGUGAAAAACUAUAGACUUUCCAGACGAGAAGUGAAAGUAAUCGUUCCUACCGGAAACCAUGGCCUACCCAACACCGAAAACUCUUGUCCUUUACCGAUACUGCAGAGGUGGAGAUCUGGGGGAGGCUGUGAUUGCAGCGGAUGGGACAUGGGUUGUGACCUUUUCGUUCUUGAAUCUUCCGGCAACAAUCCCAACUUCUUGGAACUUUUCAUCCAGGAAGGAGAACACAGCGGCAAUGACAAUGGCGUUGGUCGGAGAAGGAGAGUACGAGGUAGAUUUCCACGCAAAGCUCUCAUCUUUACAAGCGUUCUCCGUCUGUGUUGCCAUUUUGCACAGAGCUCAAGUCUCGGCAACAAUGGCGGCGUUCUCCAGAUGCACUUCACUGAGAGAGCUUAUCGACAUGGAACCUCAGGAGAUCCCUCCUUCCUUCAUCCCCAACCUGACGUUUUCUCCCAUCUCCCGGGUUUAGAUUCUUCACAAGUAAUCUCUCUCCCUCUCUCUCUCUCUAUACAUGUGUAUAUAUGCAUACCCAGAAGGCCUUCAAUGGAGGAAUCUACAUCACAGUUCAAGAAGAUUAUGGCCUUUGAGAAAGUAUAUAGGCUUUAGCUGCACCGCCAUUGGUUGUACCCGUUACUAUAUGAAGCGCUCCUCUAUUAUAAUAAAAAAAAAAGUAGAUUUAUUUAAAAACCACGAAAAAAAUAAUUAGUUGCUAAUUUUUCCCUUUCUUCUUAAUAAAAGUUGCCAGAAACAUUAAUUU